AUGGACCUCGCCGAGGUCGAGGCCAAGGCUCCGGCUGCUCGCAACGCGGCGACGUCGCUCGAGCCUGUCUGCGUGCCGGCGCCGCUCGUGCUCAGCAGUGUCGCGACGACGCCCACCGUCAGCUUUGGGACCAUCGCCCCGCGGGCGUCGGUGACGCGCGCGCUCGCUGUGAAGAACGUCGCGCCGCGGCCGCAGCGGCUGGAGGUGCGCGGCGUCGGCCGCGGCGGACUGAGCGUCCAGCCGCCGCUCCUCGAGCUCCCGCCGCACGGCGAGGGGGAGCUCUGCGUCACGUGGGCGCCGCUCUCGCACGGCUCGAUCCCAAAGCGGCUCGAGCUGCUCUGGAACCGCUCAAACACGCUGGCGGUGGAGCUCAAGGGGCUGUGCGCCCCCGCGGCGCCGCCCGGUCCGACUGCUGCGCCGCCCGACGUGGGCGACGCCAUCCUCGCCCUCGCCACGGCACCCGCUCUCUGCAAGGCGCAGGCGCACGACGAGCGCAUGCCGCUCAGCCCGAGCCGGCUCACAAACAAUCGCGCCUCGUCCUUCUCGUCCAAGUCGCGGCCGAGACGCAACUCUCGGCUGGGAGACGACCUGCUCGUCUUUGACGAGGGCGCCGCGUCGUUGAUGGCGAGCGCGUUCUCCGCGCCGCCGGCCGCGCCGCCCCAGCCGGCCGCGCCGCCCCAGCCGGCCGCGCCGCCCCAGCCGGCCGCGCCGCCGGCCGCGGCGAGCGUCGAGGUGGCGGCGGAGCGGCGCAAGCUGGCGGAGGAGCACGUCGAGGAGCUCGAGGCGAAGCUCAAGCAGGUGCGGCGAAGCAAGGCGCCGAGCGUGCCGGGCAGGCUGCGGCUGAGCAAGCCGCCGCCGAGGGGCGCGGCGCCGAGGGGUGCGCCUGCGGGCCGCCUCGAGGGCGCCGCGGCGCUCGGCGGGCGGACGAGCGGCUUCUUCUACGACGCGCGCUGGCGCGAGCGGCGCGAGGCCGGCUUCACCACCUGGUUCAACUUUGUGGUCGGCGGCAGCCGCACCGUCGCGCCGGGCGGCGGCGUGGCAGGCGGCGGCGGCGGCGCGGGCGAGCGGCAGACUCUCACGCUGAUGGAGUUUGAGAACCGGAGGCAGGACGCGGUCAACCGGCGGCGGAUGACGACGCUGCUGCGUGGCCCAUCGCUCCGGCCCGUCAUCGCGCGCCUCGAGGCCGAGGUCGAGUCGGGCUUGCUGUGCGUGCGGCCGAGCCUCAACCUCGCCGCCGACGUCGGGCAGCGCGACAACCUCCUCUCGCUCCUCGGCUGCUACAACCCGCUCUGGCUCCGGCUCGCCCUCGAGGCCAUCUCGGGCGAGAUGGCGCCGCUCGGCGCCGCGGCGGACGACGCGCACGCGCUGCGCAAGUGGCUCGACAAGCGCUUCCUCGCGCCCAUCCGGCUCGACCCCGCGGCGCGGCCCGCGGCGGUGGCGGCGGCGGCGGGCCGCCACCCCGACAAGGUGUGGGAGGAGGCGCGGGCGGCCGCCGUGGGCGAGACGCACAAGUGCAUCGUGCGGCGCGUCCUGUGCGUCCUCCUACUGCUCGACCGCGCCAAGGAGACCACCGUCCUCGAGGCGGACCCGUGCCUCUUCUGCCCCGACUCGACGAUCAAGUCCACGCGCCAGAUGGCGAUCGAGUUUGCGCGCUCCUUCCUCUCGGGCGGGAUCGGCGACCUCGCCAAGCACCUCGCCUACAUGGACGCGCCCCUGGCGCACGCGCAGACCGCCCACCACGAGUUCAACUUCACCGUCCAGUCCCUCGCCACCGACCUGCGCGACGGGGCCCGCCUCUGCCGCCUGCUCGAGGUGCUCGAGGUGGCGAGCGCGCCGAGCGGCGGCGCCGCGGCGCUGCGGCUGACGCCGUCGCUGCGGCUGCCCGCCGUCAACCGCACCUCGAAGCUCAAGAACGUUGAGAUUGCGCUGCGCGCGAUGGAGGCGGCGGGCGCCCCGCUGCUCCGCCACCCGCCCGACCUGCACGGCUGCGCCAAGCUCCUCGUCGAGGGGCACUGCGAGGCGACGCUCGACCUGCUGUGGAGCCUCAUCUGCCACGUGGCGCUGCCGAGGCUCGCGCCGGUCGGGAUCGUGCUUGACGAGGCGCGCCGCGCCCGCCGCACCGCCAACACCGACUUCGCGCCCGCCGCGCCCGACGGCGCCGAGCAGCCGGCGGCCGUGGCGGCGCUGCUCUGCUGGGUGCAGUCGGUGGCGGCCGUCUACCGGCUGCGGCUCUCGGACCUGACGGGCGGCCUGCGCGACGGGCGCGGGCUGCUCGCGCUCGUGCACUUUUAUGUGCCCGAGGCGCUCGGCGACGGCUUCGACGCCCGCGCGGAGCUCGGGCUGCAGCGGCCAGCCGGGGCUGAGGAGCUGCUCCUCGAGGAGCUCGAGGCGGGCCAGUGGCUGCGGCCGGUCGAGGGGGACACCGGGCGGGCCGCCGAGGCAGAGGCGCGCAAGGCCGCCAAGCGGCGGCUCUCCCUCUUCGCCAGCUCCCUCCACGCGCUCGGCGGCGUGCCGCAGCUCCUGAUCGCCGCGGACGCCGUCGAGACGGGCCCGGAUGAGGCGGUGGCGGCGGUGCUGCUCGCGCACCUCUUUGCGCGCGUCAUGGAGCUGUCGACGCAGACCCGCGCGGCGCGGCUCAUCCAGCUGAGCGGCUGCGCUCGCGGUAAGCGCUGCGUCGACCCGUGGAAGCUCAUGAAGCAGUGCGUCUUUGCGAUCCGGAUGCAGCGGCGCCGGCGCUCGAGCAAGCAACGGGCGGACGCGCGAGCAGAGCUGCGAUCGCGGGUGGUUCUCUCUCGCGCCGUGGGCGCCUGGCGCGACCGCGUGCUGUUCCUGGAGAGCGUGCGGGCGACGCGCACGAUCCAGGCGGCGGGGCGGCGCCGGCGCGCUGUGGCGAGGCUCUCGGCGCUUCGGGCGGCUGCGCUCGCGCUGCAGCACUUCCUGCGGCGCCAGGCGGCACGGAGCCUCGCCGCGCGCGCGUCGACCCGAAUCCAGUCCGCCGCGCGGAUGCUCGGCGCCCGGCACCGCCUGCAGGCUGCGCGGCUCGCCGCGGUGCGCGUGCAGGCGGCGGCGCGACGCGCCGCCGCGGCUUCGGAGCUGCGUCGCCAGCGUUGCUCGCGCCGUCUUCAGGCGGUGGUCCGCGGCCAGGCCGUUCGGCGUGCGCUUGCUCUCGACGCGGCAGCCGCCACGUGCGUGCAGGCGGCUUGGCGCGCGUCGGCCACUCGCGCCUCCUUCACCUCUGCCGUGGCUACGAUCGUCUCGAUCCAGUCGAACGUGCGCUGCGCGACCGCCGUGCGGAAGCUCGCCAUGCAGCGCACGAGCGCCGUCGCCGUCCAGGCGCAGGCACGCCGCCUCCUUGCCAAGGCCGAGCUUCGGCGGCACCGGCAGCUGCAUACAGAGCACAUCGGAUGCGUCAAGAUGCAGGCGGCGGCUCGCCGCCGCGCCGCGGUGCAAAAGAAGCGCGUGCAGCGCGCGGCGCGCAAGCUGCAGGCUUUGGCGCGCGGUGGCGCCGACCGCCGCUCGAUUGCUCGCAGCGCGACGGCUGCGGUGCGCAUCCAAGCGGUCUGGCGCUCCGCCGUGUGCCAGGAGGCAUUCGCUCGUUCGGUCGCGGCGGCGGUGGCGAUGCAGGCGGCGGGCCGGCGCGCCAACGCCGCACGCGUGCUGCGCGUCUCGAUCGCCCAGUGCACGCGCGUCCAGUCGCUCGCCCGCGGCGCCGCCGAGCGCCGCCGGUGCGCCGCCCGCGCGGCGGCGGCCGUCACGAUCCAGGCGGCGUGGCGGUCGGUGACGCUGCAAGUCGAGUUUGCCGCCUCGGUGGCGGCCGUGGUGGCGGUGCAGGCGGCGGCCCGCCGCUUGGCUGCGAUGCGGCGCUUGCGUGUCCAGCGCGGCUGCUGCACGCGGCUGCAGAGCGCGGCGCGGCGCCAGCUGGCGGUGCGGGCAGCGCGGCGCGAGCGUGCGGCGCGUGCGAUCCAGGCGCUCCGGCGCGGCGCGGCGGCGCGGCAGCAGGUCGCCGUGUGGCACGCGGCGGCGACGCGGAUCGAGGCGCAGUGGCGGUCUGCGCGCUGCCAGGCUCUGCUCGCUCGCUCGGUCGCGGCGGCGGUGGCGAUGCAGGCGGCGGGCCGGCGCGCCAACGCCGCACGCCAGGCUCACCUCCGGCUCGUUUCGAUCGUGCUGAUCCAGUCCUCGGCUCGCCGCCUCGCCGCUUGCGCGGAUGCGCGUCGGCAGCGCGCUGCUCGGUGUAUGCAGGCCGUGUCUCGUGGCUCGGCUGCCCGUCGCAUUCUUGCUCUCCAGGCCAGCGCGGCGGCUAGCAUCCAGGCGGUCUCGCGGGCCAACUUCUGCCGCCAGCGCUUUGCUGCGAUGAAGCUCGCUGCUGUGGCCGUCCAGGCGGCGGCCCGGCGGGCGCACGCCAUUCAGACACUGCAGUGGUCGCGAUGGGCGGCGCGGUACAUUCAGGCUGUGGCGCGAGGCGUCGCUGAGCGGCGCCUCGCCGACCAGUGGACGCUCGCCGCGAUGCGCAUCCAGGCGAGCUGGCGGUCGCUCCUCGCCCAGGCCGCACUGGCCGAGUCGAUCGAGGCGGCCACGGUCAUCCAGACCGCCGGCCGCACCUUUGUCGCGCGGUGCUUGCGGGAGCGAAGCCAGCGCGCCGCGCUGCUCAUCCAGGCGGUCGCUCGCGGCCGCAUCGAGCGGCGGCUGUGCGACGCGUGGACUCUGGCGGCGAUCGCCAUUCAAUCGGCUCAGCGCAUGGCGGUUUGCCGCCGCCUCAUUGCCUCGUCGGUGCGGGCCACUGUCCAAGUCCAGGCAGGAGCGCGCGGGCUGGUCGCGCGGCGCGUUUUGCGGCGCUGCGCUCUCGCGUGCACCCGCCUGCAAGCGGCGGCGCGGCGCCGUGCGUCGCUCGUCGCUUUUGCUGAGCUCAAGCGGCGGCACUUCGCCGCCAUCGCAAUCCAGAGCGCGGGCCGCGUCGCCCUUGCGAUCAAGCAGUCGCACGCCAUCCGCAAGGUGAUGCACCUCGCCGCGCUCGCCAAGCUCCACCAGUGCGCGCGCCUCGUGCAGACGAGGGCUCGCUUCCUCACGUACCGCAACUGCCGCCGCGCCGCGGCUGCCGUCAUCGCGAGGAGGGCACUGACCGCCAUCACGCUGCGUCGCCGCGUCCGUUUCGUGCGCGUCGUCGUCAGCCUGCAGGCGAUGCUCCGCGCCCGGCGCACCCGAUCGCGCGUGUACCGGCGCCACCCGGAGCUGCGCAACAUCGCCGCUCGCGCCGCCGAUGCGUACCGCAAGAUGCUAGCCGACCCGUCGCUGUGCUUGCCGGCGCGCACCAAGGUGGCGCUGGAUAUCCUGCUGACGACCAAGAACCUGGGGCAGCUGCUCUCCGCCCUGAGCUCGCUCGAGAUGUUCACGCUCAUCUCGCCGCGCGUCGCCGCCGCGAUGGUCGAGGUCGGGACGGUCCCCGUGAUGCUGCAGCUCCUGCAGCUGUGCAACCGCUCGCUGCCGCACCAAAAGGCGGUCGGCCACGUGCUGCGGAUCCUCGCAAACAUCGGCCGCACGCCAUCGCUGCGCGACCGUGUGUGGGAGCAGCGCGAGGUUGUGCCGACCAUCGUCGAGCUCGCACAAAACUACCGCGAGCACGAGCAGCUCCUGCGCGAGUCGCUGGUGGUGAUGCAGCAGCUGCUCGUGACGGGGCCGCGCGAGUGGCGGGCGCACGUCUUCCAAAAGAUGCCCGAGUUCGUCAAGCGACUCGACUCGAUCCUCGCGCUCGCCAAGCGCAAGGCCGACAAGAUGGCCAAGGAGCAGCGGCCGCCGAACGCGCCGAGCCGCCGGGACGCAAAGAAGGACCCGGUCAAGAGGGCUGCCGACCCGGGUCCCGACAACGUUACGCGGCUGAGCCAGCUGGUCGCCGCUCUCAAGGGCUCCGCCGCUGCCUGA